ACCAACGCUUUGCAGGACCAUGGCUCCGCGCGCAUUGCUUUGUCUGAGCCUCCUCUGCCUCGCCGUGCUGGCCAGUGGCGGCGCCGCCGCCGAGUCUCACACGCAGUGCACCGACAACCCGCCGGACCUCACGGCCGGGGGCGACGAGGCCGGCGCGGUCGUCGACGACCUCGCCGGCUUCAAGGCCUACGUCACCGGCGGCGCCGCCCACUCCCACAGGGCCGUCGUCCUCGCCUCCGAUUUCUACGGAUUCGAAGCGCCAUUGUUGAGGAAAAUUGCCGACAAAGUCGGUGAAGCUGGAUACUACGUUGUGGUACCCGACUUCUUCAAUGGACAACCUUACACAGAAGGCACAAACAGAACAGAAUGGUUCCUGGCUCACUCUCCGGUAAAAGCAGCUCAAGAUGCAAAACCCAUCUUCGCGGCAUUGAAGAAGGAAAAGAAGUCUUUUGUUGGAGUUGGGGGCUAUUGUUGGGGCGGGAAAUUCGCUGUGGAGGUGGCGAAAACAAACGAGGUGGAAGCAAUUGUCAUCUCCCAUCCUUCAGCAGUCACUGCCGACGAUAUGAAAGUGAUCAAGUGCCCCAUUGAGAUUCUUGGAGCUCAGAAUGACGCUGUUACACCGCCAGCAUUAGUAGAUCAGCUUGUUGAUGCCUUGCAUCAAAGCAAUCAGAUUUACUAUGCAAAGAUCUUUCCAGAAGUUGCCCAUGGCUUCGCUUGCAGAUACAAUGUCACCAACCCGUUCGCAGUCAAGACCGCCGAACAAGCCCUUGGCUUAAUGCUCGGCUGGUUCCACAAAUACCUGGAAUGAGAACGCCUCAUCAUGCAAGUCCUUGCAAUUUGUUACGUCCAAAUAAAUUUCCCGCAAAAGGAAAAUUUUACGUCCAAAUAAAUAAUUUUUUCUUGCGUUCAUGCGUGUAAACUUACAUAAUGAGAUAUGCAGAUAAUCUGGUUACAAUGUGUGUGCUUUACCUUUGUAUAAUAAUCUCUUCACAUUGGUACUA